ACUUGUCAAAAUAUCAAAAUUCGUGCCGAAAAAAUGUAUUUAUUUUGAUAUUCAGGCAUUGUUUUUAAACAAUUUGUGUUCAGCUAUGGAGGUUCCUACGGUGUGGAUUAUGGGUGGUCCGGGCAGCGGCAAAGGAACUCAGGCGCAGAAAAUUCAAGAGCAGUAUGGCUUCAAGCAUAUUGACCCCAUCGCAUUGGUCGAAAUGGAGGUAGAAACAAAAAGUCCGGCUGGCCAAAAAUUUCAAAAAUCCUUAUCAGCGGGAACUGCAAUACCCCUACAACAAAUUAUACCCUUGAUUGAAAAACAAUUGAUGAGCCAUCGUGGUGUGCUCAAAGGCUUCGUCAUUGACGGAUACCCUGCCGAUUUGGAGGAGGCUGAAGUAUUAGAGAAUGGCUUCGGGUCGCCGAACUUAAUUAAUGCUGGAUUUGGAUCUGACAACCGGAAGUACACGCAGUUCAUCCAGUCGCGCCCCACGCCCAAGUCUAUCAAUGUACAUAGAAAGCUCUAAAGCGGUUUUGGAAAGAUAUCCGCAGGCCGUUUUGAAAAUCGAUGCUAGCCAAGAGCCGGACACUAUGUUUCAGGAAAUCAAGUUAAAUAUGGAUAACAUCAUUAAGCGUCAUCACAAAGUGGAAAUAGCUCGUUAAAGAGUUGGAUACCUUACUAACUGGCCAUACCCAAGCUGAAUAAAAAUGAGCUCAAAUAUAGAAAAAGAGAACAUAAGUAAGGAUCACAGCCCGCGUAUUACAAUAAAUCAAAUUUGAAUAAGAUCAUGACAAUACGAAUUGGUAGUCUGGAGUCUACUGUCUACCACCUACGAUAUUACACUUAAAAAUUCAAAUUUUGACCAGUUCGGGUUAUACUCGUCAACGUAGCGGCCAAAACGAAAGCACUGUUACUCGGAAAGCUUUGUGCGGAAAGCUCGCGAGUCUGUGCGCAGUGAAACCGUUAGCCGAAUCGGAUCGAAUCGAAACGAAUCAGAAAUCGGAAUCGAAAGCCUUUUCAUUCACUCAGUCACUCUCAACUCACGCAGCACAGAGGGUGGGUGGAAAACAGUCGGGCGGAGCAAUCGAGAAUCUGGGCGAGAAUCGACCGACCAAGUGGCGCUAAGGGAAGGCUAGUAAGGCAUCCGGCUAACAAAC